CGCACCCAGGACUCCACCCGGUUCAAGGGGCAGCGGCUUUCCCUUGGACGGCGUGGGAGCGAGGGGAGUGAAGGAUGGCAGCACGCCGUGCGUUAAAAGCUGUUUUGGUAGAUCUCAAUGGCACACUUCACAUUGAAGAUGCAGCUGUGCCAGGCGCACAGGAAGCUCUUAAAAGGUUACGUGCUACUUCUGUGAUAAUUAGGUUUGUCACCAAUACAACCAAAGAGAGCAAGCAAGACCUAUUGGAAAGGUUGAAAAAAUUGGAGUUCGAUGUCUCUGAAGAUGAAAUAUUCACUUCUCUGACUGCAGCCAGAAAUUUAGUAGAGCAGAAACAAGUUAGGCCCAUGCUGCUGGUUGACAGUCGUGCGCUACCUGACUUCACAGGAAUACAAACAAGUGAUCCUAAUGCUGUGGUCAUAGGACUGGCACCAGAACAUUUUCAUUAUCAGAUCCUGAAUCAAGCAUUCCGGUUACUCCUGGAUGGGGCCCCACUGAUAGCCAUCCACAAGGCCAGGUAUUACAAGCGGAAAGAUGGCUUAGCCCUAGGGCCAGGACCGUUUGUGACUGCCUUAGAGUAUGCCACGGACACCAAAGCCAUAGUAGUGGGAAAGCCAGAGAAGACAUUCUUUCUGGAAGCAUUGAGGGACACUGGCUGUGCACCGGAGGAGGCUGUCAUGAUAGGAGAUGACUGCAGGGAUGAUGUUGGUGGAGCUCAGAACACUGGCAUGCUGGGCAUCUUAGUAAAAACUGGAACGCUUAACUGUGAGAUGACCAAGUACCUGGAGCUGUCCAUCAUGAAAGACCAGAGGACUCGGGGAAAGUGGGAAAUACCGAGCAGCAGAUGAAGAAAAAAUUAAUCCACCUCCCUACUUAACUUGUGAGAGCUUCCCUCACGCUGUUGACCACAUUCUGCAGCAUCUACUGUGAACUGGCAUUGGAUGUGAAGCAACUUGAAAUGCAGCUUCCAUUGUCUGUACUGGAUUCCUUACUAACUCAGUGGCAUCAGUAGACAGCACCAUUCAGUGCUGAUCCUGCUUAACCUUCUUCUAUUAUGCAUUAAUUAGAAAAAAAGGUAUUGAAUUACAGCCAGCACUGAACCUUGCUAAUCUCUUUUGUUUUAUUUUGUAAAAGAAGAUGGGACCUGAAGAAAGGGAGAGCUGAGAUUUCGUGCCAUUCCUUUUAAAAUAUUCAUCAGGUUUGCUGGGCUGGGAGGGAGAAGCUCCUGUGGGAAUAGCGUUCUCUGCUGUCUCCUCACUGGAAAUGAGAGCAGGACUGUCUGUGAAUAAAGGUGAAUGGUGGUUUGUAAAUUAUACAGAGAUGCAUUGAAAGGUGCAUUAGGCUGUCAUUUUGAUACGGAGUUCAACUGUGAAAGCCAGCAGAAGAGCCAAGAGGAGUACAGGACAGAGCAGCAAAACGAAUUGUCCUUCAGCUCGAGUGAUCCAGAGAAGCUGCUUUAACAGAUGUUGAAAACUAGAUUUUCUACUAUAUUCCCAGCACAGAUGACUUCUUUUUCUCUUCAUUAGCCAGAGAUGACUAAUUUAAAUUUAGAACCCGAUUUUAAUUUAAAAUAAUAUUUCCAUUAAUAACCUAUUCAUUGCAGAUACCUAUUACACUGUGUAACAGUUGUUUGGGAAAUUUUAUGUAAAAUUAAAACUAUCAGUAUUUUACAGAUGUUUUAAUUAGACAUUGUUAUUAACAGGAACAGUGCAGAGACUAAAAUCAAGCCUUUAACGUCUUACAGACCUUGCGCUUUUGAAGUUAGUGUCCACUGGGGACCUAGUAACUGUACAUUUGCAAGAUUUCAUUAUUUUUUGCCUCUGACACUAUGGGAGAAAUCUUUUAGAAACUAUUGGGACAGAUUCAAGCUUUUAUGUACUUGCUUGCUACAGUUGUAAAAUGAGAUCUCCUCUCGUAGCAUGGAUUAUUCUUCUUAUGUUAGACCUGCCCAAAGGAAGGGGACUGAGUAGGUAAUGAUUUUCCUAGUACAUUUGCAUACUGUGAUAAUCCUAGACCGUGGCAAUUGUUUUACAGGGCUCUUGGGCAUUGAAUUAUUAGAAUGUAAUUGUACAUCAUUGUAGUUCACCUUAUUGAGGCAUACACUGAUGUUAAUGAGCUCCAGGUUUUGAUGCUUGUUUAGAGAUCAGCUCAGUAUUGGAUGAAAGGGAACAAAGCUAAAUAAAUGGUAGUUGGGUGUACUGUUUUUUGCAAAUGUUCCAACAUUGCACUUAUACAAAUGACAGAUUUGACAUGACUGCCACACCCAGUCAGAAUGAAGUGUAGAAUGGCUGAGGGCUGAGCUGCUAGUGCCUAGUGAGCUCAAGCCCAGCCUAAGUAAGUCACCUUGCCCCUUCCCACACCGUAUUGUUGUGAGCAUCAAAUGCAUGAGCCCCAUAUUAAGUACUUAGACUAGAUGACCUGAAAAGGACUGUCUUGAUGAGAAUUCAUCCUGAGGAUUAGAAGACAUGGUGCUGCAUUUAGACCCCAGGAAAGAGCUGCAAGUAGGGAAGCUCAGUGAGCAGGAAAGAAGCAUUGCCUGGUACCUGGGAAGGGGCCACGUUCGUCUGUGGCCUGUGACUUGGGUACUAAGGUCAGUGGUUCCUUGCUCAGGAAUUAGCAAAUAGUUUGCUGGCUGCUACUCACUAACUUCUGUGCUGGCCCUGAUUCAUGUGGGAAAUAAAUAAGCAUAGAAGAAAAGGGUUUUACCCUAAGGGCCUUCUAGUGGAGGAGUUGAGGAGACAAUACUGAAGAUCACUAGGAAGAUGACUUCCAGGCCCCCUCUGAUGAUGCCAGCCCCACCAGCAGGAUGGAACAAAGUAUCAUGGCCUUCUGCCCAGGUGGCCCUUGUUGCAUUGUACUCAGGCCUCCCUCCACAUCUCACUGGACAGGACUGAGUUUAAUUCUUUUAUGCCUACUGCAAAACAGGCAACUGAACCAAUAAAAAUGAACCAAAUAUUACAGGAAUUCAAUGCUAGAAGGCACAAGUGUGGAUGGGGAGGAAGGAAAAAAAAACAUUUCAAUUUCAGGGUUGCCUUAUAGAUGCCUGAAGGGAAAACUCAUUAGACACUUGGAAAUAAUGGAGCUGAUGCUCUGGAGAC